AUGGACCCACAACAACACGUUUGCGCUCUGCGCGAACUACCAGAUGGCCUGGAGCUUCGUCUAGAGGAUGGCGUGAUUGCGCAAGACGAUCUUCCGCGACUGAGAAAGGCAUUGAUUGGAAAAAAGCCUUCCAAGGAUCAGGAAAACACAUUUAAACAUUUAUUCCCGCUGCUGUGUGACUCGGCAGUCAACUCAACAGGCGUGGGAUCAUACCGAACGUUGGCCACCGACUGUCUCAGUAUAUCGAUCCAGCGAGCGACACAGAGUGUGGAUAAGGGGGCGGAUCUGGCAGAGAUUGUGACAAUAACCGAAAUCAACCAGCUGUUCGAGUUUGUGUGCGACUUCUGGACAGACGCGAACCCGGCACUGGGAAACGCCCUCAAGGACAUGUUUGGAAAGAUCAUUGCACUGGCCUACAAGGUGCUGCCAGCCCAAAUGGUCACCGAAAUGAUUGGCGUGUGGGCAGUGCGGGUAAUGAAGAUGCCCAAGUCCAUGCGAGUCGUUUACUUUGUGCUGGAGAUUAUCACCAAGAGCGUUGGAGGAAGCUUCAUUCUGGCUCAGGAUGAACAUUUUGUGGAGGAGGCUCUCGGAGUCAUGGGAAGUGUGGCGUUGGCCAAUCCCGUUGGAAAAACUCUGUAUGCCAUCUUUUCGUCUAUUCGAACUCAGAUCAGGGAGGCUCAUGUUUACGACAACUCAGGGGAAGGCUCUGAGAUCACCAAUUGGGUCGAGCUGUGGGCACCUCCGGUUCGAGAGCGAAUGACCACAGAUAUGACACUUCAAAAACACAUUCUGCUGUAUUUCCUGCCGCAAAUGUUCAAAUUCCACCCCGACUGUUUCCCCGUCUUCAUGCUGUCUACCUUUGGAGACCUCUCACGAGCUUUGACUCUGUCAGAGAUUCAAUUAGAGGCCCUGGUGGGCUGUCUGAAGAUUGGCCAGGAGAUUGGUCUCAUCGAAGUAGGUUCCUCGGAGUUCCUGCAGGUCGACAUGGUCCGAAACCUGCUCCAACAUGAGUCCAUGUCCCUACGAGCUGCAGCUUUGUCUCUGCUGCUAAACUCACCCAAGGGAUCUGAGGCUGUGAAGCCGUACGUUUACGAAGUGCUCCGAAACGUGCUUCCUGACCUGUUUGCUGAGGGAGAUGCAGAGUUCAGAAACAAGGUGUACUCCUACAUGAGACAGUUCACCACAAGAGUCCGAGAUUCCAGUUAUGCGCUACAAAGAGAUAUUGGACGCAUGGAAUCGAAACUGGAGAAGCUCAAGGGUGAAGAGAAGGAAAAACUGCAGGCGAAAAUGGAGGAUUACGUGGUGCAAGUUGAGGCAGCACAUACAUAUAGCCAAUGGCUUGUGGACUUUAUCACAGCACAACUCAAUCCGUGUGCUCCUUACCAGACCUUCCACACUGCUCUUCGGCUAAUACCCAUGCUGAUUCAUUCGGGUCUGGAUAAGAAACUAGACCAGCACAUUAUUCGAAAAAAUUACUUGGAGUUUCCAUUCCAAGUUGAGAUCUUCACUCCUCUUCUUGUGGAGCGACUCAUCGACGGUGUAACCUCUAAUUACGAGGAUCUGCGUCAGAUGUGUGUGGUGCUGUUGAAGAUGUCCCCCACAGAGUGUUUCCCUAACAAUGAAAUCACUGUGCUAGCUGACAGAGGCAUGACGAUGAUGGCUGGUAUCCGAGGGCGAGAGGGAGACUCGGGCGCACGACUGACGCAGUUUGUGUUCAAUUUGUACGGACGAACUGGCCAACAGGCUCAAAUUCAGUUCUUUGAGCGUCUUCUUACAAAGGUGGAGGAGUUUCUGGUCACUGCGGAGAGUAAUCUGACUCUUGCAGUGAAGGAGUACCCUGUUCAUGGAUACUUUUCGGCUCUUCGGUUCAUUCUGGAGGAUGUUGUUGCUGAGGGAUACAACGCUGAAUGGCUUCCAUGUGUGAACAGAGCUCUUAAGAACGUUCAUUACACUUGGGAUCUGACCAAGGCCAUUCUGACAGACGACUCUCCCGAAGGCAACGUGCCUGAGGAGCUCAAUGAUGUGGAAGAUAUUGAGCUCAAGUACGGGCCUGCUUCUCAGCUAGUUCUGUCGUAUGCCUGGAGAGCAGUCAAAGAGAGCACCGCCAUGAUGGGCUCUAUUCUUGCUCUGGUGUCGGAUAUCAGCGACCAGACCAUUCUCGAAUGUGGAAAUCUGUCCAUUGAGCAGCUGGCUACCGUCAGACAUCGAGGAGCAUUCUCUUCUGUCUACCCUACCUUUGUCGCCUGUUGCAAGCGAUGUGCCAAGACAGAUACGCUCAAGGGCAAGCCUGAGGAGUGGCUCAACUAUAACAUUGACUUGAUCGAGAAGAUGGCUCAGAAGAUCACCCGACGAAGUGGAGGUCUGCCUUACUUGAUUGCCGGCGUGUUGUGUGCUGAGUCGGAUGAAGAUCGUCCUCUUCUUAAACACACCUUUGAGGAGCUGCUCCAGAUUGCUAACAAGCCCCUGGAUGCAGACGCUACGAUUGCUCAGAUUCCCCAGGUCCAUGCACUGAACUGUAUGCGAAUUCUGUUCAUUGAAAGUGACCUGUCCGAGGCUUCGGCUCAUUACAUUGACGAGGGUCUUCAAUUGUCUAUUGAGCGGUUCUCUUCACCCACUUGGGCCGUUCGAAACUGUGCUGUCAUGCUGUACACUUCUCUUCAGAACCGUUUGUUCGGCACCAAACGAGUGGCUACUGUUGUUGAGGGCUCCAACCUGUCCAGAAAUAACACAGGUACAGUCCCUGCACGUCUGUUCUUCACCCGGUACAAGAAUAUCCGAGAGAUUCUGCUCCAGCAUCUGCGAGACCAUGUUGACUCUCUCGAUGAAGACUCUACGGCUCUGGAAACUACGUACCCCGUUCUGUCACUCCUGUCUCGACUAGAAGGAACCAACGGAUACGAAGGUCUGGACGAGUUCCGAACCCUCAUUAAGGGCUGUCUGCGCUCCAAGGUGUGGAAGAUUCGAGAAGUCGCUGCUCGAACCUAUGCGUUUAUGACAGCCGACGAUCUGCUGUUUGACAGCGUUUCUUCUCUGGCCGAGACGCUGCCUGACACCUCUCAGAACUACACCCAUGGCUGUCUUUUGGCCAUUGAUGCCACUCUUGCUCGAGCAACUAUCAAGCUGCCACACAAGAAGCUUCCUCAGCAAGUUCUUCAGAAGCUCUAUGCUCUGUUUACUCCUCUGUUGAAGCAAAACCCCUGCCCUGCUACCCAGAUCGCUUACUUCCGAAUUCUCAAGAAUCUCUACCAGAAGGAUUCCAAGGCCCCUUUCUCUGGCCGUCUGGUGCAGUUCUCUCUCACCCAGAUUGAACAGAACUUCAACGGAAAGCUGGAUGCUGCUGCUCGAGUUCUGAGACAAGAGUGUGUCUACGUUCUGCUCAAGUACUCGUCUGACUCCGGGCUGGGACCUGGUAUCUUUGUGUCUUACGUGCGACAGCUGUUUUCUGACUCAACUUAUGAAGUUGUUCAGACUACCAUUGCUACUAUCGAAGAGCGACUGGGCGAGUUUGACCAGGAAACAAAAUGCUCUAUUCUGGAGUCGCUCUGGGAUCUCACCCGAGUGUCUCACUGUGAUCUGGUUAAGGGCCCGGCUCUCAGACUACUGUCUACUCUGCUGAAGGACACCCCAAGCACUCUUUCAGAUUCUCUCUGUCAGUCUCUGCUGUUCUCAUACACCAAUGAACACUCUACAGACAUUAGUGAGAGUGCUCUUGGAGCUCUGGGGCCUUUCACUGCCCGAGUUAACGAUGCUGCCAAGACACGAAAGUGGUUAUCGUUGGUGAAGAAGUACGCAGAUGAAACUGCUGCUUUCAGCUCUCGCCAGGCUGCGCUCAGAUCGCUGUGCGCUUACCUGCGGGUCAAGUCCACCCAGAAUGACACUUCCGAUGAGACCAUGCAGUCUUACAUUCUCCUGUUGCUGUAUCUCUCUGACGACGAUACCAACUUGCGAGAGAUGGCUGCCCAUUUCACUUCCAAGGAGUUAUGUGGUCUGCCAUUUGCUUCUACCAACGUACGAGCUGAGAAGGCACUUUUGGAGAAGCUCAACAAUGAGAACCGGGUUGAGUUUACACCUCAUCUGACUUCUCUGUUGGAGGGCUACACAUCUCUGCCGUCUCAGAUCGAUGCUGCCCUUGCAGAUGACUCGUUCCUGUUCUCUACCGAGCGUCAGAAUGUGUACAGGAACGAGCCAGUUCUUCUUUCCACCGUCCAGGGCGUUCUGGCUGAGGGGCCUGCACCUGAAGGUAGCAGUUUGGAGGGGUGGCUUAAACCUGGACUUGAGCAUUGGAAGGCUAAGAAGGAGGAGCUGGAGAAGCGACCGGAGCUGAAGACCGAGUACAACUUCUUCUUGGUCAAGGCCAGAACCGAUCUGGCAGAAGAGCUGAGUGUUAAGUGGGGUGUGGAGAAAAUGGAGGUCUAA